AGUUGUUGGAUGUUGCCGUUCGCAAUAAUUUGAGUUGUUUUGUGAACGAGUUAGGAAUCUGUGAGUUAUUGUUGCAUUAUUUGUUUAUUUCAGGCGAUAUUAUCCUUGCAAGCAUUGACAACUUAGGAAAUAAUUGUAAUAUUUGACUAUAUACACAUAUGGCACAGCCGGCUUUUCCGUCUCUCACCCCUCGUGUGUGUGAACAGCAUUGGUUUUCUGUUGAUAGACCUUGUGAUGAUGAGCUUGAAUUGACACAAAUGGAGCGCGAACAUCAAAAUUGGUUAACAUCAAUAGCAGAAAAAGAUAAAGAUAUAGUUCCUAUUGGUAAAACAGCAUCUGAGCAUUUUGAUGAAGAUGAAGAGGAUGAAGAAGACGAUGAUAAUGAUGAUGAUGAAAGUGAAAGUAAUGAGGAAGAUGAUGAAGAACUUGAUGCAGAGAUGAAUUAUGAUCAAGAUGCAGAAAUGUUCCAUUGAAGACCAAAGAAAAGGAAGAUAUCUAAAAAAAAUAUUCCAUGUUUGGAUACACUCAUAAUAGAACUUUUAUGUUCAUUUGUUAUAAUUAUCAAAUUGUAUUUUCUAAUGUAUAAAGGUGAAUUUUUCAUUAUAAAUAGUAAAUUAUUAUUGUAAUGUAAUAGCAAUGUGUGAAGUGAAUUUGCAUCAUAAUCAAGAAAAGUAAUUAUGAAAGAGGAAGAAAAAUCUCUUCUAGAUGUUUUAGAUGAUGCAUUUAUGAAAUUUUCUCCGUCUUCAUUCAACCAAGGAUGUAAAGCUUUCUAGGUUGUUUACCACAAUUCCGUCUGAAGACACUUGUUUGCAGGAAUCUUACUUGAAGAAACCACUUUGAGCUCUUCCAAGUAUUUUGGACACAUGUUCCAUCUCUAUUCUGAGAGCAACAUGGAUUGAAGUCCUUUUUCAGAUGACUAUUGAAGAAUACGAAAAUAAUUUCAAAAAUAUUAUUAAUUUCAACUUAAGUUUUCUGCUAAUAAUAUGUUAAGAUGAAUUGUCUAAAUGCUGAUGUUUUAAUUAUAAUUUUAGUUGGUAUUGUUUGCAUAGAUCUUGGAAAAUAUUUGUUGAAAAAAAAAUAUAAGAAUUUAAAAGGAUUUUGUAAGAAAGAAAAAAAUAUACAUUAAAAAUAUCAUUUAUAUAAAUGUGUUCUGUAAAAAGUAUUUUUUUAAUAUUUUUAUGUAUUAGUGCAUGGAUUUUUAAAUCAAAGAUCUUUUUUAUUUUGUAGCAUUUUCAACAUAUUACAUUUUUUUGUACGUUCAGUAUAAGAUUCAAUUUCACAGUAAAAAAGAAAAAUCAAAGCUAGUGAGCAAAUUGUAUAUGAAAGUAAAAUAUAUUCAUUUGCAUAAUUUUCUAUUGCACUUUGUAAUUUCAUGAGUAAUUUGUUUUAACCAAAUUUCAUUUCCUAACAUUUUGAUUUCAAAUAAAAUUUUAACUUGGACAAAAAAAAAAUCAUAAUUCAUUCUUUUUAAUACUUGUUGUAGUAAGAUAAAAACAUCUGAAUUUAAAUAAAUAUUAGCUGUUAUAAUAAUUGGUAGGGUAUUUAAAAGAAAAGUAAGCAUAGAGGAUUAGAGAAUUAAUUUAUGUAUUGUAUUUAAUUCAUGAAUUAAUUCUUCAUUCUGUUUUAGAAAUAAGUACUUUAAUGUUAUAUGUCUUUUAAGCUGAAUUAAUUUGAAAAUAAAAGAUAUGUUAAUAUAUAAAUUUUUAUGCAUAAUCAAUAAACAUCAUAAUCAUAAUAAAAAAAAAACAAUGUAAAAACAAAUUGAACGAGUUAAAUAAUGUGAAUUAAACAAUGCUCACCAGUUCACAUUUUAGGAAUUUCCUUUAUCAUUCUUGUGUCAUUUACUUAGAAUUAUUUAUAUACUUAAUUUAGCAUUAUUUUUCCAUUCAUUGUUUCAUUAAAAAAUAAGGUAUAAAAAAAAUUUUGUAAUAUACAAAAUCAGAUAAUUUUAAGUUGUAAAAUGUUCUCAUCUUCAUGAAAAUGAAUUAUAAUCUAUAAUAUUGAGUUCCUACGAUCUAUAUCUAUUACUCCAGGGUUACUCAGUUUACUUUCACAUCUAUAUUAUUUUUUUUUUUUCAUCCAGGAAGAUUUAAAAAAUAUUUAAGCCAAUUAAGGACAAAUGUAGGCAUAUUCUUUGAGUAACAUUUCCUAAAAUAGAAGAAAAUCAGUUUUCUUCUUUACUUAUUGGUUUGAUGAUAAGUGGGCAGUUCAUUUUAUUUCAUUCAUUAUUUAAAUAGUCAUUUUGUAUUUUACGUGAUGCUGAAAUAUGUUUGCCACUUCAUUUCAUUUUCAUUUAUUGUACUUUUUAACUUAUUUAUAAAAAGCCAAAAGUUCAUAGCAUUUUUAUAUGAAAAUUUGCAGACUCUUAUUCUUAAGUAUUCAUCAUCUUUUAUUUCAUCUGAUAGAAAAUGCAAAUGUUAUCUACAUCUAAAACUAUAAUUUGCAUUCCAUUUUCC